AUGGGAAGAAGCAACUGCCCUACUUGGGGAAAAACAUGUGAUAAAUGCAAAAAGCGUAAUCAUUUUGCAGCAAAGUGUUUCGGGGAGAAAAAAUCAACUUUAGAACGUCACGUUCGAGCAGCUGAUCGCGUCAAUGGUGUACAACUACCGGCCAAACGGAAAGGCAUAUUUGCAAAAAUGUUGGUGAAUGGGGAAGAAGUAACGUUCCAACUAGAUUCUGGUGCGUCCGUCAACAUAAUGCCGAGAAAUUGCGUACCCGAUACCAAACUGGACCCUACCCAGACGAGAUUAUUCAUCUGUUCAUCACGUUUGAAAGACACUGAAUACUACCUGAAAAAGUAUGCUGCUGUUUUCGACGGAAAACUGGGAAAGUUGCCAGGAACUGUGACAAUUCACAUAAACGACGCAGCCGAGCCCGUUGUUUUACCAAUACGGCUGAUCCCACUUGCUGUUGGAGAGGAAUUUUCGCGUAAAGUGAAUAACCUUAUCACAAAGGGCGUUCUGGAUAAAGUCCAUGAACCAACGGACUGGGUGACUCAGGUUGUGGUUGGAACGAAAAGUCUGGAGAAUUGA